AUGAUACUGUCCAAGUGGUUAGCCACUCUCUUGGGCGGCGCUCUCGCCGUCCAGGGUGCGCUGGCGAUCGAUUUGAACAUUGAUGAUGAAGCUUCCUUAAAAAGUGCCGCCAAAACCGUCGCCACUACGAUGAUGGAAUACUAUGACGCCCGAGACUCCGCGAACAUUCCCGGUAAAAUGGACGGAACGUGGUGGGAGGGUGGCUCCAUGUUCAUGACCCUCAUUCUGUAUUGGUGGGUGACCGGCGAUACCCAGUUUAACGCCGCGGUGCAGGAAGGAAUGUACUGGCAGAAGGGCGACGACGAUUUCUUUCCCUCCAAUUACAGUCAAUACCUGGGCAACGACGAUCAAGUCUUCUGGGGUCUGGCCGCUAUUACCGCCGCGGAAUUCAACUACCCCGAGCAGGACGGUCAGCCGUCGUGGGUAUCCCUCGCACAGGGCGUUUUCAAUACCCAGUACCCCCGCUGGGACACCAGUAGCUGUCAUGGUGGUAUGCGCUGGCAGAUUUGGCCUUACCAGGACGGUUAUUUGACCAAGAACGCCAUCUCUAACGGAGGAUUGUUCCAACUUUCCGCCCGUCUUGCCCUCUACACCGGAAACAAAACAUAUGCCGAGUGGGCCGAGCGCAUCUGGGAUUGGAGUGCUACCACCCCUCUGCUGAAGCAGAAGAACUGGAACAUCGCCGAUACCACCACUUGUGAAACUCAAUGCACAGAUCACGGUGAUUUCCAGUGGACCUACAACUACGCCACUUAUAUUAGUGGUGCUGCGUACAUGCACAAUUACACCAAUGGUACCGAGACAAAAUGGAAGGAAGGCGUUGAGGGUCUCAUCAAGACCUCCCAGCAAUUCUAUCCGACCACCGGAUUCAAUGGAGCCGCCGGUCAAAUUCUAUCGGAUAUCACCUGCGAACCGCUCGGCAAUUGCGAUCGCAACCAAAUCACCUUCAAAGCCUAUUUCUCCAACUGGCUCGGAGUGUUGACGACCAUUGUCCCCGGUACCUACGAUUUGAUCUUCCCCCAGUUGAGGACCUCGGCACAGGCUGCUGCAAAGCAAUGUUCCGGAGGUGAUGACGGUGUGAAGUGUGGUAUUCGCUGGUACAAGCAAGCCGAUUGGGAUAAAUCCUCCGGGUUGGAGCAGCAAAUGGCUGUGCUGGGUGUGCUAUCUGCGAAUCUGGUCCCCUUCAAGAACAAGUCACCAUACACCUCGGAUUCCGGUGGAACCUCCAAGAGUAACCCCAAUGCCGGCACCAAUACCACGGCCAAUAAGAUUCCUGUGCUGAAUACCAUUGGUACUGGUGACAAGGCUGGUGCAGGUGUAUUGACCGUCAUCUUCGUGACGGGCUGGGCCGUUGCUGUGACUUGGAUGAUUCGCGGCGGUUAA